AUUUUUAUUUUCUUGAAUAUCAUUUUUUUUUGUGUAAAUGCCGUGUAAACAAUUUACAAAUACGUAAAUUAUGCCCGUUGUUUAGAAUGAGAAGCUUGUUUGUGGUUGGGAUGCUUUUCUCCAAGCAAAUCUGGCAACCCUGAAGCGGGCCUUGGGGACUCCGCUGGUGUGGCUGAAAAACAGGAUCACAGGAUCUCGAUUUAACUCUGGAUGAAUGUGAAGUGUUUAAUGUGUAGUAAACAGGGGUGUGUUUUUCCCACCCACAGUGACAUUUAAAGCCUGAAAGGACUUCCGGUUCUCCAGAUUGUCACUGUGUGUAUAGUAAUGGAGGGUCCGAAGCACACUUUCACUUACACCAACAAGGAUUUUGUGUACGACGUGUGCCGGACUGAUGGAAAGACGACAGAUGCUACGUCCAGGUUUGAUGUAGUCCUGAGAUACGGCUGGGCGGAGAAGAUGAAACACGGGCUUUUCAGAUAUCAUCUGGGGGAUCUGGAGACGCGCGUGUUACCCGGUGAGUGUGGAUAUAUCGCCCAGCUCAACAUUCAGAGAGGCACCGAAAGGAGAAAACCUCAGGUAAUCCUGAGCAUUCAACAGCAGUUCGACUGCAAACUCUUUAACUUCAAUAAAAUAAAUUCAGCGGAAAUCUUGUUUGAGAUGCAAAAUGCGGAAGAAAUGAUUGCUGAGAAAGGUUGCGCUCCAAACGGAAGCUGUGCCACGUGUGUUGUGAUCAUCAACGCGAGUCCAUUAGAGUUUGGGCACUGCUUGCUCGUACCCGAGCCUUCCCGGUGCCAUCCUCAGAUCUUAACGCCUCUAGCUCUCCAAUUCGGGGUCGAGUCCUUGUUUCUGAGCGCCGAUCCCGGAUACAGAGUCGGAUUUAACAGUCUCGGAGCGUUUGCCUCUGUCAAUCAUCUACACCUUCACGGAUAUUACUUGAAUCACGCUUUAAGGAUCGAGUGGGCUCGUACACAGCUAAUCCUUCCCAAAAAGAGCUUGUACCGGCUUGUGGACUUUCCGAAAGCAUUCAUGUUUUACACGGACGGCCAUGAGGACGCGCGCGUCGUCGCCACAACCGUCUGUAGACUCACCGACCUUCUCGUAGAGAGAAAUAUUGCCCACAAUGUCUUCAUGACCCGAGGCUGCCAUCCAAACAGUGAAAGUAAAGUCCUGUCCUCGGUGCGCCACGGCGUGCGCAUCUUCAUCUGGCCGCGAGUGUCGUGUUUUGGAGCGAAAGAGGAAUCAGCGUUUAACGUGGCACUGUGUGAACUGGCCGGCCAUCUUCCGUUUAAAAACAGAGAGGACUUUGAAGGCUUGGACGAGGAUGGGGUCAAAGAAAUUGUUCAGGGGUACCUCCUCAGUGACGAAGAGUUUGAUGACUUACAAAAACAAAUUGUUGAAAAAUUAUCAACUGCACUUUACCGGACUGCUGAAUAUUUAUAAUUGCCGUAUGUAGUUAUGUGUCUCUAGAUGUCGCCCAUAACCAGGAUUUCAAGGAUAACUUUGAAAAAUUCACCCAUUCGCCCACUUUCAGUAACCACGUGUCCUGGCAUUUAUCCAGAAUAGGAGUACAGGCUACAUGAAUACAAAGAAAAUAAGUUUUACCGAAUUUUGUUAAAACUCUGGUGGAUUUUUAAAAAAAAAAGUUUGUCCCACAAAAGCAUUUACAUACAACUUUACUGAAAUAGUGAGAAAUGAGGUACCAUGUUGGUUUCCCCACAUUGUAAACAUCAUGCCCACUCCAGCAUAAAAUUUAUGAAUUGACGUACAAUAAAAAAUGAAUAUUAAAACAAACAGCUUCCCUAAAAAUAUUUCCGAAGAAGACUCUAAAAUGAUCUCGUAUUAUUUCAUAUGCUGCAUCAAACAUAAUUGCCUAUAGCUUGCAAUAGUCUGUGUGAUGCACCUGUUAAUUCCCAACAUUUUAAUCAUAAGCACAUUACA